UUACGGUGUGACGUCUUCUUCUGACACGUGACACUCCCCCGGAACUUGGUGACGUCGCAGAACAACAAAGAUGGCAGGCAUAGGAGGCAGCAACUACUGGGAAGAUCUGCGAAAGCAGGCAAGACAGUUGGAGAAUGAACUGGACCUGAAGUUGGUCUCCUUCAGUAAACUGUGCACCAGCUACAGCAGCUCCAGGGAUGGGCGACGGGGAGACUCGUCAGACACCACCCCACUGCUAAACAACUCAACCCAGGAUAGGAUGUUUGAAACCAUGUCAGUGGAGAUUGAACAACUGCUGGCCAAACUGACUGCUGUGAAUGACAAGAUGGCGGAGUACACCAACACCCCAGGCACCUCUUCUCUCAAUGCUGCGCUCAUGCACACACUCCAGAGACACAGAGACAUCCUACAGGAUUACACACAUGAAUUCCACAAAACCAAAGGCAACUUCUUGGUCAUCCGGGAAAGGGAAGAUCUGCUUGGGUCUGUCAGGAAAGACAUUGAGACAUACAAGAGUGGCUCCGGGGUCAACAACAGAAGAACAGAGCUGUUUCUAAAGGAGCACGAGCACCUGAGAAAUUCGGAUCGACUGAUGGAUGACACAAUAAGUAUUGCAAUGGCAACCAAGGAGAACGUGACCUCCCAAAGGGGCAUGCUGAAAUCUAUACAGAGCAGGGUCAACACGCUGGCCAACCGUUUCCCAACUAUCAACAAUCUCAUCCAGAGAAUCAACCUGCGGAAGAGACGAGACUCUCUCAUCCUUGGCACAGUCAUCGGCGUCUGCACCAUUCUCCUCCUGCUCUAUGCUUUUCACUGAAAGCCCGGCCUGGUGAAGUCUUUAAAGGGACAGGAUUGCUUUUUGUAAUGUGGGAAACCCAGGAGACUGAGCUCAGUGAUUGGAGGACCCUGGAAGCUCCCGAGCAGAAGGACAUUUCAGUUGGUCCAGUUCUUGGAUGGGAAGAAAUUUGGCCAACAUGAACUACUGAAUGGGUAUUUAGCAGUGGGGCAGAUGGAGGACUGGUGAUUUGGUGCUCUUCUGCCAACAAGGGAAGACCAAUAUAGUACAUAAGAUUUUAAAAAAUUAUAUUGAACACGCACUUGGACAUAAUCUGAGGAUAGUUUGAAGAGACUAUGAAUGUGGGAUGCUUAAUGUUUUUCACAGGUGAAGGGAUUUUAGUUGAAUGGUCUUUUUUAAUUAAUGGAGGGAGAUGGAUAGUAAAAUGGGCUGUAAAAUGUGAAUUAAUAAAUUAUUCAUAUCGGUAUGUGCAACUAAAGUGUGUGACACUAUUAGAUACUGGAAAUUUAAAACAGUUUUUCAAAAUAUAUCAUUUGCAUGUGGGUCUCUCGAAGUUUAACCACCAGGAUGCCACACCGAUGCUCGUAAACAUGAUUAUUAUUUUUACUAGAUUUCUACAAUAAAUAUACUAUAGCUGCCCCUGGCUGGAUUCAAACCAUGAAUUUUGUGGUUAAUGGUCAGUGCUUCAACCUUCAGCCACGAGGCACCCACUUUUACUGAAUUUACAUGUAGAUAAAUCAGAGUGACAAAUCAACAGAAAAUUAAUCGGCAACCAUUUUGAUAAUUGAUUAAUUGCAAACAAUUCCAAAUAGAUUCUUAAAUGUGAAAAUUCCUUGUUUUAAAAUGCAGCAAACUGAAUAUCUUUGACUUCUGAACUGCUGGUUAGAAAAAAAACCCAAUUGCGAUAAGUCACAUAGGGCUCUGGGAAAUUGUGAUGCACAUUCUUAACUAUUUUUUCCCCUUUUUAUAGAGCAAAUGAUUAAUAAACAAAACUAAUGAGCAAAUUAAUCAAUAAUGAAAACAAUCCUUCCUAUUUACUUUCAUAUCUGCAUUUUCAGUAACUUGACUGUUGAGAGUUGUUAAAGUCACGCAAUGGCAGUCACAACAGCAUUAUCAGGUUCAUGUGAAAUGAGCAUCUUUUAAGUCUCUUUUAAAAAGUGGCAAAAUGUCUUCAGCACCAAACCAGCCAGGUCGGUCGCCUUUAGUUCACUACUCCUCGGCUUCCAUGGGAGGACAACGGAAACGCAACACUGCUGUGAUGAUCGACUACUGAACGAGUUAACCCUUGUGCACAUGUCCUAGUGUGGCAUACCUGGCAGAGCCCAUGAAUCUCUAUUUGAUUUCAGUCCCACCUGAAACACAGCAAAGUGACAUAGGAAGGUGGGAAAUAAAGCAUUCAUCUGAGAAGGGAAUGGUCACAGACUGGGUUUGACUCAUUAAAGACUUACUUUGUUGUGGGGAUGUAGCAAUGUGAAAGCAACAGCAGCUGUGUGAGAAACAUUAAUGUGCUUUUUUUCUCACAGCUUCAGGCUGUUACUUGACCAGAAUCCAAAUAAAAUAGGCUCACUUCAAUGGAGUGAAAAGGAAA